AGAGCUGGGCCCGGGGCAGCCAGCUGCAGCUCGAGAGGGAUGGAGAACCCAGCCUCUGACCUCCAGGCCAGGAUCCCAGAUGAUGACCCCCACAGGGCUCCCACUCAUGCCUUAGCGGGGACCUUGCUCUUGGGGCUGGAGGUGUAAACAGCGGCCCCAGAGUCCCUGGGCUGUUGCCAGGGUGACCGGGCAGCCUGGGAGGCAGCUCCGUCCAGGUUUGGAGGCAACCAGCCGCAGCUGGGAGGAAGCUGGAGCCUGGGGGCCCAGCAGGAGGGGGAGGCAGUCCCCGGAGGAACAAGCAGCAGGCACGGUGGGCAUAUUAUAGCAGUGGGCACCAUGAGCGGCAGGAAGCGGAGCUUCACCUUUGGAGCCUACGGCGGGUUGGACAAGUCCUUUGUGCGCCCCCGGAACCCGUGGAGGAGUGAUGGGCAGAGCCAGCCCUUCCCGCAUGUAUUAGACCUGCCCCGAGUGGACUCUGCCCCUCCCCACACAGCUUCCCUCUAUCCCAAGAACUUAGACUUGUUUGAGAUGAUUGAGAAGAUGCAGGGAAGCAGGAUGGAUGAACAAAGAUGCUCCUUCCCACCACCUCUCAAAACAGAAGAGGAUUACAUCCCCUAUCCCAGUGUCCAUGAGGUCCUGGGGCGUGAAGGGCCCUUCCCCCUCAUCCUGCUGCCUCAGUUUGGGGGUUAUUGGAUUGAAGGCACCAAUCAUGAGCUCAGCAGUAUCCCGGAGACCGAGCAGCUGCAGUCUCCCACGUCCAAAGUGAAGCUAGAGUGCAACCACACGGCCCGGCUCUACCGAAAGUAUUUCCUAGGCAAGGAACACUUCAACUACUAUGCCCUGGACACUGCCCUAGGCCACUUGGUGUUCUCACUCAAGUAUGAUGUAAUUGGAGAUCAAGAACACCUCAGGUUGCUGCUCAGGACGAAAUGUAGGACCUACCAUGAUGUCAUCCCCAUCUCCUGCCUCACCGAAUUCCCCAACGUAGUCCAGAUGGCGAAGCUGGUGUGUGAGGAUGUCAAUGUGGAUCGAUUCUACCCAGUGCUUUACCCCAAGGCCUCCCGCCUCAUUGUCACCUUCGAUGAACACGUCAUCAGCAAUAACUUCAAGUUUGGGGUCAUUUACCAGAAACUCGGGCAGACCUCUGAGGAGGAGUUGUUUAGCACCAAUGAAGAGAGCCCUGCUUUCGUGGAGUUCCUAGAAUUCUUGGGUCAAAAGGUCAAACUACAGGACUUUAAGGGGUUCCGGGGUGGCCUAGAUGUGACUCACGGGCAGACGGGGACAGAGUCGGUCUACUGCAACUUUCGAAACAAGGAGAUUAUGUUCCACGUGUCCACCAAACUGCCCUACACAGAGGGGGACGCCCAACAGUUACAGAGGAAACGGCACAUCGGGAAUGACAUCGUGGCUGUGGUCUUCCAGGAUGAGAACACGCCCUUUGUGCCUGACAUGAUUGCUUCCAACUUCCUACACGCCUAUGUGGUAGUUCAGGCGGAGGAUGCUGGGCCCGAUGGGCCCCUUUACAAGGUGUCUGUCACUGCCAGGGAUGACGUCCCUUUCUUUGGGCCUCCACUUCCAGACCCAGCUGUCUUCAGGAAGGGGCCUGAAUUCCAGGAAUUCUUGCUGACAAAGCUGAUAAAUGCAGAGUAUGCCUGCUACAAGGCAGAAAAGUUUGCCAAAUUGGAGGAGCGGACCAGGGCUGCCCUCCUUGAGACCCUCUAUGAGGAGCUGCACAUUCACAGCCAGUCCAUGAUGGGCCUGGGUGGGGACGAGGACAAGAUGGAGAAUGGAGGAGGGGGCAGUGGCGGCUUCUUUGAGUCCUUCAAGCGUGUGAUCCGAAGUCGCAGCCAGUCUAUGGACGCCAUGGGCCUCAGCAACAAAAAGGCAAACACAGUGUCCACCAGCCACAGUGGGAGCUUUGGCCCCAACAACCCAGACUUGGUGAAAGCAGCUGGCAUAUCAUUGCUUAUCCCGGGGAAAAACUCCAGUAGAUUCGGACGUCGGGGCAGCGCCAUAGGCAUAGGAACCAUAGAAGAGUCACUGAUCGUGCCCGGGAAGAGCCCCACCAGGAAGAAGUCUGGCCCCUUCGGCUCCCGCCGGAGUAGCGCCAUAGGCAUCGAAAACAUCCAGGAGGUUCAGGAGAAGAGACCUGAUGCUGAGUCACCCCGCUGUCCCCGUGUGCCCCGAAGAGAGAGCCCGCCUGCUGGCCAGAAGACCCCAGACAGUGGACACGUCUCCCAGGAGCCCAAGUCAGAGAAUUCAUCCAACCAAAGCUCCCCGGAGAUGCCCACCACCAAAAACAGGGCAGAGAUGGCCAUCCAGAAGGCCGAGGCGCUGAAGGAUUUCUCCCGCUCAUCCUCCAGUGCCAGCAGCUUUGCCAGCGUCGUAGAGGAGACGGAGGGCACCACCGAAGAUGACGUGGGCAUGGAAAGUGUGUCCUCCUCUGGGAUGCCACACAAGAGAGACUCCUUCAUCUACAGUACUUGGCUAGAGGACAGCGUCAGUACUGCCAGUGGGGGAAGCUCGCCAGGCCCCUCUCGGUCACCACAGCCAGAUGCCAGGAAAUCGGGGGACCCUACCUGUCCAGAGAUUAAGAUCCAGCUGGAGGCACCUGAGCAGCAGCAGCAGCAGCAGCAGCAGCAGCAGCACACACCCCAUUUGGGCUGCUAGCCCUCCCAGCCAGGCUUCCACGGAUAGGACAUCCCAGACCUUCCAUUCCCUGGAGAUGACCUGGAUCCCUGCCCACAUCAGAAGAAAUCAGGCUGGCACCUUUCUGGGCUGGGUACCUUCUGGGGCAUCUCAAAAGCAAGGAUCACUGUACACAGCUGCUCUUGCCAGGGUUCAAGAUGGCUGUGGGGCUGGCAGGAUGCUCUGGUGGAGUGGAAGAAACCUUGGUCUAGUCCCAGUCCUCGUCCUGCCCUCUCCUAGCUAUGUGAGCCAAGUCAUUUCUCUUCUGGCCUCAGUUUCUUCCUUGGUCACAGGAAGGGGGUUCAGACUAGAUGAUCCCUUAGGUCUUCCCCAGUUCCAGAAUUCUGUCAUCCUCUAAAGCCUGCUCAGGCGGGAAGCUUUGAGCUUCUCGCUGACCACCCUUCCUGUUUCCUUCCUUCCACUGAGUCAUGCCCAGAGCAGGUGCCCCCUCCCCCCCUCCAUCCAGGACCACAGGCUGCCCAAUUUUGCCCAUUAUUGACACGCCAGGUUGUCAGUCAGGGGCCUCUACCUCGUGGGCCCUGUUCAGGCCACCAGGUUGAGGGGAGCUGAAUUAGGUGUACUCACUGGGCCACCUUCCCCAGACCCUCACUCCUGCUCUAAUCCCUGCCCACAGGGCAAGGCAGUGCUUUAUGUCCUUCCCCUAGACCUGCCCUAACAGGGUCCCUUCUCAGUCAUUGCCCAUGGCUGAGAGACUGGCACCAUUGCCCACUGAAGGAAUCAGCUGGGCCACCCUGUUAACGCACCCACCACUGAGACUCUGGACAUAUAGUCUCACUUUGCCACCAUUGUCACUCUCCCCAAUCCUAUUCCUCUGGUGUCUCCCAGUACAUCCUGGGAGGCAGGCAGGCUGAUGCCCCCACCCCCAUUCCCAACCCCAACCCCUGCGCCACGAUGGCUGGCAAGAUGGGGCCAAGGCUGUGAACACUCGGCACAGGGAAGGCCGGCACCUGGUGCUGCCUGUGGUCGUAGCACCCACAGUUGGGGAAAUGGGGGGAUUCAUCUUCUCCUAAGCCCACUCCCCUGUCCCCUGGAGGCUCCUGGGAGUUGGGGUGAUGGAGGAGCCUACUGUAUGUCCAUGUUGUGUGUGUUUGUCUGUGUUUUUUAAGGCUUUGGGCCCCAGGGCCUGACGCCCAAGCCAAACACUUGUUUCUGAGACCGCGGUUGUGUGUGUGUCAGUGACAGGUGUACAAAAUAAAGUUAUA